AUGCUGUUUGUCGUUGUCGUACCAACAGCAGAAUACGAACAACAAAUCCUUUAUGGAGUCCUUUUGGAAGAACCGCCGACAGAUGGUUUCGUUGGAAAUUCGCAAAAUAAAAUCGGAAACGUUGAAAAAGUGAAUCCGACAGGAAAAACGGCUUUACAAAGAAUCCCACCGAGAAAUCCUGUUGUGUUACGUUCUGGAAAAAUGGUAGAAGAAAUCGCUUUGGAAAAGCUCGUGGAAGAAGUUUUAAAAAAGCUUGAAAUUCAAAAUGCCGUUUGGUGCCAAGAUAAAGAACAACAUUAUUAUCAAAUAAUAUUUCCAAGGGAUGCUGGAGACGAAACGGAAAAUUGUUUACACGCAUUAAAAGAAAUCGGAAUUGGAAAUCGUUUGAAUUCCAUCGUCAGCGUGUCACCAUGUUCGGUUUAUGAAAGUGCUGUCGAUGACGGUUUUGGAAAUUUUUACGACGACAUGGACGAAUCUGAUAAAAAAGCCUGGAAAGGUUUUGUCGAUUCCGUUCGAUCAAAAUUAACCGUCGCGCAAGUUGUCGACGGUGUUAAAGGAAGUGCAGAAUUAACAUUUGAUUAUUUAUUACUUAUUUUAACUGCUGACAUGAUUGCUGCUGUCGGUUUGGUAGAAAACAGCGCCGUUAAUAUUGUUGCUGCCAUGUUGGUUUCACCGUUAAUGAGUCCCAUAAUGGCGAUAACGUUCGGCACCGUCAUUUCCGAUAGAAAAUUACAAUUGACAGGUUUGAAAAGUGAAGCUGCCGGCAUAGCCAUGUCACUCGUAUUUGGAUUUAUAUUUGGAUUACUAGUGGGAACGACGGAACAUCCCUGGGGAUUCGGUGAUUGGCCAACGGAAGAAAUGAAAGGAAGAGGACAAGCUAGAUCGUUGUGGAUUGGUAUACUUUGGGCUUUACCAUCCGGUACCGGUGUCGCAUUAGCACUCUUACAAGGUAGUGCCGGUCCAUUGAUUGGUGUUGCCAUAUCAGCAUCAUUAUUACCACCCAUCGUUAAUUGCGGGAUGCUAUGGGGUCUUACUUGCAUGAAAAUCCAUUACGGUGACAAAAUGAAAAUCCCACAUUUAAAAGGAGAACCGUUUAAUGGGGGGACCGCAUAUAAACCGGUUUAUUCUGACGUUUUACCACACGAAUUGGUAUCAAUGGGCGCUAUAAGUUUUUGCCUUUUUCUUGUUAACAUUGCUUGCAUAUUUACGACGGCCGUUUGCGUUUUAAAAAUAAAAGAAAUUGCUGCACCCUACACAUCGAGCGUGGAUUUGAGAAGAUUUUGGGCAGAGGACAUAAGAAGAGCAAGAGAUUUUAACAGGGCAUCAAUGCAAGCGGCAAAAGAAGGAGGACACAAAAAAGAGUAA